UCCGUUUUUUCAUAAUGGAUUUCGAAUUCACUAUGAUCAAUAGGACCGAAAUAUUAUUGGUAUCCGGCGCCAUCUCCAACAGUUUAGAAAAAUAUAAACCGAUGAAACUGGAGGGGAAUCCUCUUGUACUUACACAAGACGAUAAGUUAAGGAGGUUCCGGCGCCGUGACUUGGGAAAAGUUGUGCAAACAAUCAAAAGGGUAUUCCGGAGUAAACCAAACUUGACCACACCAUUGUUGGACCAAUUAUACAAAAGUAUAAACCAUCAGGGGGAGUCGACUUUGUCAACGGUAUACCUACAGAAAUAUUUGCACAUCGAUAGCAGGGAGCCAAUAAUAGUUUUUUGGAACGGAACGACAGAUCUAACAAUUGUAAAAAGAUUAAGGUUAAGGGGUAUUUUAGCGUUUUUAAAUAUAACGGCGUACAGUGAUAGGAAUAAUAAUGAAUUUAAUUUAAAACUAACUAACAUAGAAACAAGAGAAACCUUAUAUUCAGGGUACAUAGGAAAACUUAAUAAAAACGGCAGGAUGUUAAACUUAUUAGAAGCACAUGGAUUGGUGUGCAAUACGAAUCAUCAUAUCACGCAUUGUCACGAUCCAAUGCGUUUUUGA